GUUAUUAUGCGAGGACAUGAUGAAAUCCCGGGCGGUAGCUCCUGGUUGAGUAGUGCAAAUUAGAAUAAGGACUAUAAAAAAUAAAAUAAAUUAAAUUAAAUAGAGCUUCACAGAUAUAUACAUAUAAAUAAGUUGCAGAAUGAAUUAAAAUUAAAUAAUAAUAAGAGAUUUACAAUAAAUGAUCAUUUAAUUCAGUUAUUUUUACAGUAGCGUUCUCUGGUUCUGGCUCACAGCGCCUCUCACUGGUCACAGGCGGCACUGCGUGAUGACGCUCUCACACUGCGCUGGGAACGUAACCGUCCGUCGCUACGUAAACACGUGCUGCUUCCAGGUUACAGAUCUUUUCAUUCCACCGUCAUCCUCGCGCUCAAGCAUCACUCCCUGACAGCAGCAGCCAUGGCGGAGCCCUCAGCUUCGGAUGCGGCGGCCACAACAGACGCAGCAGCGACGGCAGCAUCACCGACACCGGGCCUCUCUCCUGCAGCGAGCCCGUGCUCGGAGCCUCCGUCCGUGGCUCUCUCCCCCACAGCGGACGGCUCCCAGCGGCUGCUCUUCUCCCACGACUUGGUGUCCGGACGGUAUCGCGGCUCCGUCCGGUUUGGCCUCGUACGGAUGAUCCACGGCGAGGAGGAUUUUAACUCGGACUCGGAUCUCGACGAUGGCGGAGGGAGAGGCGGCGGUGGUGGCGGCGGCGGUAGAGAAGGAGGUGGCAGUGGAGGAGGAGGGCGAGGAGUCCCGGGUGGGUCGGACACUGAGAGCACCGCGGACUCCCCGAGUCGGCCUCUCGGUAGGGGAUUUGUCCGCGUCCAGUGGUACCCCGAAGGAGGAAAGCAGGACAUCAGGGAGACAAAGUUGAAACUUGAAGAUCGAUCCAUCGUCAUUAGAGACAUCGUACGACGAAACAAUUCUAACGACAACCAGUGUGGUAUUGUGACUAACAUUGACAUCGAGUGUGCAGUGAAAUUAGUGGGGACAAAUUGUGUACUGUAUCCAGUCAACAGCAAGGACCUGCAGCACAUCUGGUCUUUCAUGUAUGGUGACUACAUUGCCUAUGACUUCUGGCUGGGAAAAGUCUAUGACCUGACCAAUCACAUUAUCCUUAAGCUCUCCAAUGGAGCCAGGUGCUCCAUGAGUGUGGAAGACGGUGCCAAGCUUUACGAUGUCUGUCCACAUGUCAGUGAUUCGGGUCUGUUCUUUGAUGAGGCGUAUGGCUUUUACCCAGGCCAGGUCCUGAUUGGUCCAGCCAAAGUCUUCUCUAAUGUACAGUGGCUGUCGGGGGUCAAACCCGUCCUGAGCAGGAAGUGCAAGUUCAGGGUGGUGGUCGAAGAGGUGAAGGUGGUGGAGCUCAAAGUGACGUGGAUCACCAAGAGCUACUCCCCCAAAGGCUCUGACAGCGUCUAUCCACCUGCCUCCACGAUCACACAGGAGAAUCUCUGCAGGGUGAGGCGUCUGGGUUACUACGACCACACCCAAAGGCAGCUGGGAGAGAGAGCCCUUUACGUCUUCCCUGCCAAGGGGGAUGCCACACGCAUCACCUGUGAAGGACCCGAGGGUGCCCCUGUUCUGCCCGAAGACCCUGUUGCAAGAAAGUUGAAAAGGAUGUUCAAGAAGGACUCUGGGAAGAAGGCAGAGAACGCUGACUCACAAGGCGAGCACAAAUCAGAGCAGACGGACUCGCCUCAUCCUAACAACAACAACAACGGCCCUACGGUGCCCGUCCAGAACCCCCCCGACUCCCAGAACACCAACGACACGUCGACCGAACACGGGGAACAGGACGCUGAUGACGAGGCUGCAGAAGACACCGACGACACCAGCUCUCUGACGUCUUCAGCGAGCUCGACAGCCUCCUCUCAGAGCGGCGGUCUGGGAACCAACCGCAAGAAGAGCAUCCCGCUCUCCAUCCGCAACCUGAAGAGGAAACACAAGAAGAAGAGGACCAAGUUCUCCCGCGAGUUCAAGCCCGGAGACCGGGUGGCAGUGGAAGUUGUUUCCACAAAGACCACCGCUGAUGUGAUGUGGAAGGACGGCCGGGUGGAGAAGGGAAUCCGAUCAAACGACCUCAUCCCCAUUCAGCAUCUCGACAGUCAUGAGUUUUGCCCCGGGGAUUUCGUAGUAGACAAACGACCCCAAGCCCUGCAGGACCCAGGAGUAUAUGGUGUGAUCCAGUCUGGUGAUCACAGGGGUAGAACAUGUGUUGUGAAGUGGAUCAAGCUCAACUCCACCAGUGAUGACGUAGAGGUUAUCGGUGUGGAGGAAGAUGUCAGCGUGUACGACAUCGCAGAUCACCCAGACUUCCAUUUCCGCACCACUGACAUCGUCAUCAGAAUAUGGAACGCAGAGAACGGACAGAAUGACUGCGAGAAUGAGACAUCGGUAGGCCAGGUGUUCAGGGUGGAUGUGAGCAGCAAAGUGGAGGUGGUGUGGGCAGAUAACUCUGUGACUAUCGUCUUGCCACAGUACCUCUACAAUGUGGAGUCUGAGAUCGAGGAGACCGACUACGACUCAGUGGAAGAGACGAGCAGCGUCCUGUCUACCGAGGAGUGGGAGGAUGAGAGUGACAGCUGGGAGACGGAUAAUGGCCUGACCACCGAGGACGACAGCCACGCCAACAACGCGGAUGCUACGGACACGGCGACGCCGACCCCGACGCCCACUAGCUCCUCAACAUUCAUCAUCCCCCCACAGGAGGGCAGCAAAGCCGCGGUCACAAGCCCCACUAAAGGAACCCCAGGAGAGGAGGCAGAAGCCUCUGUGACUGUGGCCAGUCCUGCUUCAGGAGGAGGGACAACACCAGGAGCAGCAGUCAAUGGAGCGGAAAAGCCCAGCAAAGAUGGAGCCUCUCGGGGCUUUAGGGAGUUGAAAGAGGCGCUGAAGAUCCUGGAGAGCCUGAAGAACAUGACUGUGGAGCAGCUGUGGACCGGCGGUUCUCCGACCUCCCCAACCUCUGCUGAACCUGCUUCCACCACUCAUGUAGCAACCUCGGUGACGCCAGCAGCCCCAGAAAAACCCACAAAGGAAAAGCGCUUCUUGGACGACAUCAAGAAGCUACAGGAGAACCUUAGGAAGACACUGGACAACGUGGCCAUCGUGGAGGAGGAGAAGAUGGAAGCUGUGGUGGAGGCAGUGGGGACUGGAGGAGCAGGGACGGAGGCAGAAAGACCUGGUGAGGAAAAGCCACAGCAGGAGCCUCAGACACCAGUGGGUGGACAGGAGUGGCCCAGUGAGUUUCUCAGUGACACACCGGUACUGUGCCAACAGAGUGGGGGCAAGCCUGGCGUGACCUUCACCAGCGCCAAGGGAGAGGUGUUCUCAGUGCUGGAGUGGGCUCCAGACACACACUCAUUUAAUAAAAUGGAGUUUCAGCCGGCAGAGGCAAAGAAGUUCUUCAGCACAGUGAGGAAGGAAAUGGCUCUGCUAGCAACAUCGCUGCCAGACGGCAUCAUGGUCAAAACAUUUGAAGACCGCAUGGACCUGUUUUCAGCUUUGAUCAAAGGACCGACCCGUACGCCCUAUGAGGACGGUCUGUUCCUGUUUGACAUCCAGCUGCCUAACAUCUACCCAGCUGUGCCGCCUCUGUUCCGCUACCUGUCCCAGUGCAGCGGCCGCCUCAACCCCAACCUGUACGACAACGGCAAGGUCUGCGUCAGUCUGCUGGGCACCUGGAUCGGCAAGGGCACUGAGAGAUGGACCAGCAAGUCCAGCCUGCUACAAGUCCUCAUCUCCAUACAAGGCCUCAUCCUCGUCAAUGAGCCUUAUUAUAACGAGGCCGGCUUCGACAGCGACCGCGGCCUGCAGGAAGGAUAUGAGAACAGCCGCUGCUACAAUGAGAUGGCUCUGAUCAAGAUGGUGCAGUCGAUGACGCAGCUCCUCCAGCAUCCCGUGGAGGUCUUCAAACAAGAGAUCCAGGAGCACUUUAUGUCUAACGGCUGGCGGCUGGUGCACCGUCUGGAGGUGUGGCUGGAGCUGAACGAGGCCUCAGAGAGAGGUCAGGCAGCACACUCAUCCUCCAGGCACCUGAAGGACCGAGCUUCCUCUGUGGAGCCUCUGGAUGAGCUGCUGCCCCUGGGAUCAGGACCUGUGGCGGUGGCCCACAGCAGCCCUAGUAAGCCUGGGGAGGAGGGAGUGGUUCCCAGUAUUAUGGAGGAGGAGCUGGAGGAUUCAGGGCUGACCUCCUCCACUACAGCAGCCUCCCAGCAGGAGCUGAGCCAGAACUCAGACUGCGACAGCGCCCAGGGGGGCGCUUCUGUCGGUGGGGAAAACAGGGGUGGCCCUGCCGUCCCUGGGUCUCUGGUCCGCAGUGGGACGUCAGAAUCAGGUUCUGCCACAGUUAGCGGAGGAGGGGUGGGCUCCUCAGGAAGCCAGCCUGUGGUGCGACCAAAGAAAAGGAGAAAGAGCUACCGGAGUUUCCUCCCAGAGGGCAGCGGCUACCCGGACAUCGGCUUCCCACUCUUCCCCCUCUCAAAGGGUUUUGUGAAGAGCGUUCGAGGUGUGCUGCUGCAGUACAGAGCUGCGCUGGCUGCCGCUGGCAUUGUUGAGCACAUAGAGGACAAUGUCCUGUCAGAUGAGUGUGAUGGAUAAAGAGGGGUGGACCGCACACUUACUCAAACCAACAGGAGCAGCCCCCACCUCAUAGAAACCUUCAUCUUUUCAUGGACGCAGGUAAAAGCGUGGAGCUUUCUCUGGAGGUCCUCACUUACCUUGGGUGACGGUGGACGCCAAGAAGGACUGAAUGAGAUGAAAAAUCAGUGCCAUGACCUCUCCACCACCCCUCAUCCAACUGGCCUCCACUGUACGGGUGGGGAUCUGCUGGGUAACCACUCUGCCGUCUCUCAGCCUGAGAAAUGUAAAGCUGACUCGUGACCGGCUGGUUACCACUAAAGAAAACUGCAAAGCCCAACCGCGGCUAUCUGUAGCACUACUGACAUUAUCGCUGUACCAUCCUGCACUAAGACGAACAUAUGAAAGGACAAUCUGGUCCAGGAGAGAUGGAAGUACACACACACUGAUCAGGAGGAGUGUUUGGGGAUUUAUAUGUAUAUAUAUACGUAUAUAUA